AUGCGAAUCCAGAUUGAGGAGGUAGCUACAAGCUACCCGCCACUAGACCAUAAAAUGAUUGGUUGUGAAAGCGGCCUAGAAUCUCAGCCUUCUUCUGUUGGCGUUUCUCAUGCUUCUGGCUCACAGGGCACAGAAUACGAUGAGCUUGCUUCAAGCUGUGCUUCGGACUUCUCUUCAGACGAUUCUUCAGAUUUCUCUUCAGACUUCUCUUCAGACUUCUCUUCAGACUUCUCUUCAGACUACUCUUCAGACUACUCUUCAGACGAUUCUUCUAGCAAUGACUUGUCGCAACCCAGAUGCUCCACGCCUGGUCAAUCGGUAGAAAGCCGCAAAAAGUUCCUUGCACUCUGCGUGGAUAGCGGGGAUCCCAACAUGUUAAAAGUUGUGAAUGUUGAUCUCACUGGCGUGACAUCUGAUUCACAGGCGUUCCACAAGAUAAAGGACACAUACUUUGACGAACGUGGGAACCCAUUCUUCAACUGGGUGUAUAAUCAUACCGGCUGGUGUGCCAGGCUUAGGCAGAUACAAGUUAACUCUCCAGCGAGUUUACGGGUUGUCUAUUUUGGCAUGGCCGACAGGAACUCACAGCGCCAGCGAGGGACCUGGGCCUUUAAACCAUCAUUGCAGGAUAUCCCAUUGACAACGAGCGCCCCCAUCGUUCUCAAGGAGCAAGUUCGCUGGAGCUACGACUGGACAAAGCCCUCGGAGAAUUUCGCGCUCGCAGUCACAGAAUUUUUAUUUAGCGCUUUUCUUAAACCCCCUAAAGCCAUGCCCUACGGACUUGACAGGACAGAAUUCCUGCCAAAGAAGCGCUAUACGCCGGUAGAAUACAUAUUUUCAUUCGGCGAAUAUGAUUUGCAGCCUGGUUUGGGUAUCUACAUUACUGAGAAACCAAUCCCACUUGCUUUCAGAAUAGCAUUUCAGCUGCUGCUUGACGUCCUGUUGGUCUUGUCAUGGCUCUAUCUAGCUCUAGCUUUCUAA